AUGGAUCCCGCUGCCCGACAUCCUGAGGAGAAGACGACGACCAUGACCAAGAAGCCGGUCGACGAGACGAGCCUCAGCGCGCAGCACGUGUCCCCCUCGGCGUCCGACGCGGGGGGGCGCGAGGACGGGAAGCCGCCCAUCGGCAUCGCGGCCUCUGACGAGCUGAGGGGGUCCGUCAGCGCCGAGCAGCCUGGACUGGUGAUGCCCGCGCUCACCGACACCGCCCAGAUCCCGAUGACCACGACGGCCGAGAUCUGGUCCUGGUACACGUACUAUAUCGGCGCCAACGGCCUCGCGCUCUUCAACUUUGGCCCGACGGCCUUCCAGAACCUACUCAGCCAGGCGGCCGGCGGCGACGACGGGCUGCUGCACUUCGCUGGCGCCGACCGCGACGUCAACAGCAUCGUGCUGCUCGCCAACGGCAUCUCGUUCGCGCUGCAGGCCGUGCUGUUCCUCGCCAUCGGCGCCUGGGCCGACUUUGGCGCCGCCGGCCGCCGCGGCGUGCUGCUCGUCUGGUCGCUCGUCGCCUACGCCGUCGGCUUCGCCUGGCUGGCCCUGACGCUGACCUACUGGACGGCCGCGUUCCCGUCGCUCGCGCGCAACACCCGCUGGAUCCGGGACUCGCGCGAGGCGCUCGCCACGGGGGAGAUCUCGCUGCCGGAGAUGGACCGCCGCGACGAGAUGGAGCGCAGCCGCCUGAGCAACGUCGCCUUCUACGUGCAGUCGGUCGCCGAGAUUGCCAUCCUCGCCGUCAUCGUCGGCAUCAUGUACGCGGUGCACGUGCGCCGCAGCGUCGAGGACAACAACUGGGGGCUCUCGGUGCUCAUCGCCUUCGCCACCGGCGUGUGGCUGCUGCUGUCGCUGCCGUGGUUCGUCGUCGAGAAGACGCGGCCGGGGAUGCGGAUCCCCGCGGGGCUCAACAUCGUCACCGUCGGCUUCUGGCAGCUGCGCGAGGCGGCCGUCCAGAUCUGGCAGCUGCGGCAGAGCCUCAUCUUCCUCGCCGGCUACUUUUUGCUCGGCGACUCCCUCAACACCACCGUGACCGUCAUCGCCACGCUGCAGAACCAGGUCAUCGCCUACGACACGCUCAAGCUGACGUACCUGCUCAUCGUCGGCAUCGCCGCGCAGGCGGUCGGCAUCGGCCUCUUCUGGCUGGUGCAGAAGCGCAUGCGGCUCGGCGCCAAGACCAUGUUCAACGCCGUCAUGGUGUCCAUCCUGCUGCUCGACGGCUGGGGCAUGGUGGGCAACUGGACGGGCCGGUUCGGCUUCAAGAACGAGUGGGAGAUUUGGCUGUACCAGGCCUUCUACGGGCUCGCCGUGUGCCCGUGGUACAGCUACUCGCAGAUCAUGAUCUCGUCGGUGACGCCGCGCGGCCACGAGUUCCUCUUCUUCUCCGUCUUCAACAUCAUCGGCAAGGCGUCGAGCUUCAUUGGGCCGCUCAUCAGCAGCCGCAUCAUCGACGCGACGCCGGGCGGCACCAACAACAGCGCACCCUUUUACUUCCUGUUCGGCCUGAGCCUGCUCAGCGCCGUGGGGCUGUGGGCGUUUCUGGACCUCGAGAAGAGUGCGCGCGAGCAGGAGGUGUUUUUGGCAAAGGAAAAGGCCAAGAUGGGAGAUGACGGAAGUGAUGUAACGACGGCGUGA